AUUCCCUCGACCGCCUGUCCGCCUCCACCACAACAUUCAAGCCAGGAUAGGACGGUGUUAUUCUGGGAAAUACACCUCUCCAGCUACCAAUUGACUAGGAUCCGUCGUAUCCUUAACCCACUAUCACCAUGGACAUGCGCGCCCUAUCCCGCAGCCUCCUCCGGGCGAAGCCAACCACGACCCUCUACAAGAGCCAGCAGCAGCAGCAACAGCUCCUCCCAGCACGUAUUGGCCUACGCUUCUCUUCUGAAUCCUCCUCCUCCUCUUCUUCUUCCUCUCCAUCCAACAAGAAUACCACAACUACACAACCCCCGACCCGCCAAACACAACAACCCUCCUCAUUCCCAUCAACGUCCCAAAAACCCACCGACUUCGACCAAAUCCUCAACAAGCUCAACUUCAACAACACCAACACCACCACCACUCCCACACCCGGCAGCAAUGCGGCAGCUACGCCCGGCAGCACCACCCGCGCCUUCAACGACAGCCUUUCCCUCUCGCGCGCGGUAGGUCUCUCCGCCGAGACAGACGGCCUGCGGACGGCUACAUCCCUGCGCAAGAUCGAUCUGAAGCUGGGCCCGACGCUGGGAAGACAGGUGACGGUUGAGCCGGAGCGCGGGAUGGAUUUGCCUGCGGCGUUGAGGUCGCUGAGCACGGUUAUCGGUCAGAAUAAGAUGAAGCAGUCGUUGAUGAAGCAGAAGUAUCAUGUGCGGAAGGGUAUGGUGAGGAAGCAGUUGAGGAUGCAGAGGUGGAGGAAGCUGUUCAAGUUUUCGUUUCAGGCGACGGUUAAGAGGAUUCAGAAGAUUAGAGGGCAGGGGUGGUAGGUUUUUUCAAAUCAAUCCUCCGGAGGGGGAUGGAUGGUUGGGGGUGUGUGUGUAUAGAUGAACAGGAUGGUAUGUGGUGGGUUAUUAUUAGAGGAAAAUGGGUUAUCCUUUGUGUAUUAUACUAUGUGUAUUUUUUUUUGUCUGUUGUGUUUCAUUUGUUUGCUAUGUCUGUUGAAUCUACAUGAGAUACUAUACUGGUAGUAUAUCUGCAUCUGCAUCUGCAUACAUCUUUUGUUUGCAUCUCCAUCUA